AUGCCUGAGAGACAUCCUGCUGCUUCAGCCCAUAGAAACUCUCUAGAUCGCUUGGACUCAGGUCCAAAGCAUGUUCCAACAACAACUAAAUCAUCUUCCGUCUCUGGAACUUCCACCGGAGGAAAAGUUAACCAGUCAGCAUUUAUACAUAAGCUUUACAAUAUGCUUGAAGAUGAAUCCAUCAGACAUUUAAUCUCUUGGACUCGCUCUAAUGACUCGUUCGUCAUCUCGCCUGGUGAAGAGUUUUCAAAAGUUUUGGCCCUCUAUUUUAAACACACAAACGUCUCAUCAUUUGUAAGACAACUCAACAUGUAUGGCUUCCAUAAAGUCAAUGACAAUUUUCACGGCUCAAACAAUUCAAACUCAUCUUCUAACUCAAACUCGUCGGAAACUGCACAAUGGGAAUUUAAACAUGGUGCCGGAUCCUUCAAACGUGGCGAUACUGAAGCACUUCGUGGUAUUAAACGAAGAGCUUCAAGACCUUCCUCCAUCCACAGAGAUAGUAUUCCCUUAAAAUCAAUUUCUCUUUCUGUCCCAUCUACACCUCCUCCAGGAGCUGGCCCUCCAAAUGGAGCUUCUGACUAUUCUAUGAAUACCACCAAUGCAAUAGCUGCUGCUGCUGCCGCUGCUGCUGCCGCAACUAUCGGUCCUAUUUCUUUAAAUAAUACCCAACAACCUCCUCUAAUACCGAUUCCAAUGAAUCCUACCGUUGGCCCUAUUCCUCUUCAUCAACAACCUCCACCACCUCAUAUUCACCAGCAAUUUAUUCACCAGCAAAUCCCACCACAUCAGCAUCAACAACAGCAUCAAAAACUGCCAUUACCGCCGCAACAGCAACAACAGCAACAACAACAGCAACAACAACAACCACCACCACCACCGCCACCACACCCAUCAUCGCAUCAACAACAGCAUCAACAACAGCAGCAGCAGCAACAGCAGCAGCAACAGCAACAGCAACAAGCUCCUUCUAAACCGCAACCGCAACCACAACCACAACAGCCACAACAGCCACAACCACAGCAACCACAGCAAGCUCCUCCACCUCCACAUCCUUCUGCUCAUCCUCAUCCACCAAACUCAACUCAACCCUCUCAUGUCAAUUUUUACCAUUCUUCAGUUUCACUGCAACAACAGCAACAAAACCCGCAACCACAAAUCCCUAUGGCUCCAAACCACCAGCAGCAGCAGCAGCAGCAGCAACAACAACAACGACAGCAGCAACAGCAGCAACAGCAGCAACAGCAGCAACAACAGCAACAACAGCAACAACAGCAACAACAACAGCAGCAGCAGCAUCAACAGCAUCAACAACUUCAACAGCAUCAACAGCAACAACAACUUCAACAGCAUCAACAGCAACAACAACAACAGCCACCACCACCACCACAACAACAACAACACCCUCAUCAAAUACCCCCUACAGAUCAAUCAUCUACAGAUGCUAGAAUAUCCUCACUUGAAAAUGCAGUUUCUAAUCUCCAGGCUUCUAAUACCUCUCUCCAAUCUCGCUGUACAUCAUUGGUAGAUACUUGCAAACGUAGUCAAACGGAUUUACUUCAAACACUAGAAUCUCUAAGUAAAAUUGUCAAUCAACUUAAUGAGUUUGAUGCAGCACAAAUGUAUUUCCGUGAUUAUAUUAACCAGGUUGCUACAAAACUCGAUCAUGUUCAAUCAAAAGUGGAUUCGGAUACCCCCUCCUCAACCGACACUGGUGCUCCGGGAGUUUCCAACUCGGCUUCAAACAAUCUUGAUUCCAGCCGUUUUAACCUUCUUCCUGAAAUGUCGGCUUCCACAGCGUCGCUCAUUCAACAGUUGAACUUUGACAUUAACAGGAUCCGUACUAAUGUUCAACACAAAGUUUCUGUGCUAUCGAUGCUUGCAGCUGAAGAUUCUGCAGCUGUAGCCCAGCAGCAACAUCAACAUCAUCAUCAGCAACAACAACAACAACAACAACACACUCAUUUGCAUCCAUCUAGUGCUGCUUCCCACCACCUUCAUUAUCCUUCCUCUGCACUACCAAAUACUUUCCCUUCUUAUUCGUUCCAGCAGCAGCAGCAGCAGCCCACCUCAGCCCCAUUUCAACACACCAAAACUGAGAUUUCCUUUUCCUCUACCAAGGAACGUACAGCAUCCAUAUUUUAUGACCCACUGGCUCCUGCUCCUCCAAAUCCAACAUCUCCUCGCCAGCCAGCUGUUGGAAUGGUCAAUGGUCCAAGUAAUAGUUCUGCAUCUACAAAUCCUGGCUCAGCUGGACCUGAUGAAAAGGGUUUCCCAACCUCUGCUCCUCAAGUUGGUUCUUCCACAUAUCAUUUACAUCGACAGUCGGCGCCUGGUGGGUUAUUUAGCCAUUACCACAGUCAUAGCACUUAUAACCAUCACUACCAGUCUUCCGCUCGCAAUAGCCCAUGCUCUUCUUCUCCAUCAUCUCCUGUUCCUUCAAAUUCAGAGCCUCCUUAUCCUCAUAUUCCUUCUUCCCAUCCUACUGCUAAUGGCUCUAUUAAUGGAUCAAAUAACCCCCAGCCUUUGCCACCUCUUCAGCCAAAUGGUAACUCAGGUUCUCCAUCUUCCAAUUCCCCAGCUUUUGCUGGUAGCACACCCCAUUCGCCUGUGAUAACAAAUGCAUCAUCUGUCAAUACUACUUCUAGUACAGCAAAUACCGCUCAUUCUUCGUCUGUUUCUCCUUCUCAUCCUCCUCCAUCAUAUAAUCAGUCAUACUUUUAUGGUGAGCAUGGUUCUCAACAGCAGCAGCAACAGCAGCAACAACAACCACAGCAGCAACAGCAACAGCAACAGCAACAACAGCAGCAGCAACAACAACACUUUCCUCAUCACGAUCUUAUGCCCCCCAGUAGAGACCAACGACCAGGAUCAUUCCCCUUGGUUAGUGUUUAUCAUAGCCAAAGACAAGCAUCUUAUGGGUUGUCUCAGAUCCCUAGUUCUAAUCCCUAUGGAUCGUUUUCCGGCCAUUCUCACCAUCAGUCUCACACAUCCUCGUCUGGAUCGAGCCAUCACCUGCCGAGUCUUGGGGGUCAAGGUGCUUCUGGAUCUGCAUUUACCAAUGCCCCAUCAAAGCUCAGAAGUGAAAUGGGGUACCGCCGUCACACGUCGAGUGAACUUCUUGUUCCUCCAUCGUCAUUUACACAUGGAGGUGAUCGUAAUAGUGGCAGCGGGUACCACCUGCACUCGUCAUUUAGUGGUCCCACAUCAAGCAGUGGCUCAGGCCACCACCAUAAUAGCUUACUUAACCAGCAGUAUGUCCCCCCAAUUUCAUCUUUUUCCAUGUCGACACCCCCUGACACUGGAAGCAGCCGCCAAAACAGUUGUGCUUCAAGCAAUUCGAGCUCAAGUGGUAUCCUUAAUGCAGCUAUUAGUAAUGAUACAGCAGCUGUUACACAUGUUAAUACAUCAUCAUCGUCAUCGUCGUCAUCAUCAUCAUCAUCAUCAUCAUCAUCAUCAUCAUCAUCGUCAUCAUCAACAUCAUCAACAGCAGCACUUUUUAAUGGGCCUGCUGAGAGUACAACUACCACUACUAAUAAUACCACGGCAACGACAGGAGGAGUUGCUGUGCCAUUGACGGGUGGAUCUAAUGUUGGAGGCGGAAACUCUAAUGUUACUUCUUCCUCGACAACAACUACAACAACAUCAUCAGAAUCGACAAAAUCAACAUCAGCAACAUCUACUUCUUCUCAUUCCGGAAAUAACAACUCUAGACUUUCUCCAACGCCUCCCCAGCAAAGACCUGGCGGUGUUGAGACCUCCAACAAUAAAGGAGCUGCAAAUAAUAAUACUGGCGGUUCUGCGCCGUUAAAUAUUUCGUCAAUGAUUGAUAAUGGGAGCCCUGAUGUUGUUUCAGGUAAAAAACGAGGGAUUUUGGAACUGAAAAAUGACGAGGAGAUUAAAGGAGGUAAUACAAGUCCUCGAGCAUCUACUACGGGAAAUGGUAGUAGUAUUAACAAUGCUUCAUCUCCUAAAUUAGAAAGAAGUGGGUCUACCACAUCUUUACGCCAUGGAAGCAGCGUGCAGUCACUGUUGAAUCCUACACCUUCUAACACUAGCAGUGAGAGCGAAGAGAAGAAGACUACUGCGACGAGUAGUGCAGGUGGUGCUAGCCGCAGCGCUGGUACUCCUGUUGCAGCUGUGUCUAGUUCAUCAUCUUCAUCGUCUGCAUCUGUUUCAUCUGCAGUAUCUCCUGUUUCUGAAAAGACUAAAGGUCCAGAAUCACCUUCUGUGUCACGGGGAUUAUUAUCUCCUGGUGGUAGUGGUGGUAAUGGUACUUUAGUAUCGUCAUCAACAUCUUUGUCGGUUUCAUCAUCUUCGGCACUACGUGUUUCUAAGAAACUUAUUUUUGAUGGAUCAGAGAAGAAUGGAACGACUACAUUAACAUCAGCAGCACCAUCGUCAUCAUCUACAAAUACAAAUACAAACGACCACGAAGGCAGCAAUAAUACUGGGUUGUGUUCUGGGGGGGCUGCAGCUGUUGCUGCGGCUGUUGGGAGUCCGUUGACCCCUGGGCUUGAUGAGCCCGAUCGCAAGCGGUUAAGAGUUUCUUGA